GGAGCCCCGAGCAAGCCCGGAGUAGCUGCGGCGGUGCCCGCCCCCUCUCUCCGACCCUCCAGUGGAGCUGGUCUCCGGCCGGGCACCGUCGCGGGCCCCCCUGGCCCGGCCACCUAGGACUGUGCUGGGGAGCCGGCCACCUCCCUCUCCCCUUGCCCGCAAAGUUUUGGCGAAGCCAGCGCCUUGGCAGAGUGCGCCCCCGAGGGGAGAUCCGGGAGCGCCCCAUGCCGGGCGCCCAGAGCCGUUGACCCGGGACGCCGCCGUCCGGGCUGGGAGCGCAGAGCAGCCGACCACCCCGCCGCCUCCGGUGCAUGGGGACCGGCUGAGGAGCCAGCAUGGGCAACUGCGUGGGGAGACAGCGCCGGGAGAGGCCGGCCGCCCCGGGACACCCCCGCAAGCGAGCAGGCCGCAACGAGCCCCUGAAGAAGGAGCGGCUCAAGUGGAAGAGUGACUACCCCAUGACUGACGGGCAGCUGCGGAGCAAACGAGAUGAGUUCUGGGACACGGCGCCCGCCUUCGAGGGCCGCAAGGAGAUCUGGGAUGCCCUCAAGGCCGCCGCCUAUGCCGCCGAGGCCAACGACCACGAGCUGGCCCAGGCCAUCCUGGAUGGAGCCAGCAUCACCCUGCCUCAUGGCACCCUCUGUGAAUGCUACGACGAGCUGGGCAAUCGCUACCAGCUGCCCAUCUACUGCCUGUCGCCGCCCGUGAACCUGCUGCUGGAGCACACCGAGGAGGAGAACCUGGAGCCCCCCGAGCCCACCCCCAGUGUGCGCCAUGAGUUCCCACUGAAGGUGCGCCUGUCCACGGGCAAGGACGUGAGGCUCAGCGCCAGCCUGCCUGAUACGGUAGGGCAGCUCAAAAGGCAGCUGCACGCCCUAGAGGGCAUUGAGCCAUCCUGGCAGCGAUGGUUCUUCUCCGGGAAGCUGCUCACAGACCGCACACGGCUCCAGGAGACCAAGAUCCAGAAAGAUUUUGUCAUCCAGGUCAUCAUCAACCAGCCCCCGCCACCCCAAGACUGAUGGGCCCACGGACCGCUGGGAAGAGAGGCCCCUGUGGGGCUGGACGGCCCCCUCUGGAGCACUAGGCCCCCCGCCCUGCUGCUGCCUUCGAGUGCUGUUACGUCCUUCAGGGGUGCCACCCUGUUGUGUGGCUGCUGGCUGAGCCAUGAAGGGACUCUGCUUCCCAGGGCACCCAGGGAGCAGGCUGCCACACACAGGCCUUGCAGCCGUGUCAGAGAAGAGGUGAACAAGGGCCUCUACCCUGUCUCUCUCCCGCAGCAGGUUCGAGCCACGAGGGCCAGCCUGGAGGCCCCUGGAGCCCAGAUCUGUCAUCUGGUGCUACCGGCUGUGCUCAUUCCGGUUUUCUGCUCAGGGUCUGAAGCAGCUGCUGUCUCCCUCCUCUGUCCCCACCCCUGGCUCUGCUCUGGGCACAGUGCCAGUCCUCUGGAGGGGAGGGAACCACCAGUGAGCCCCAGGGCUCGGGGAGCCUAAGGCGGGCCUUUGCCUCUUCCUGCCCCCAGCACAAUUGGCACAGACGAGGCGGGUGGUGGACAGCUGGGCUGUUGUGGCAGGGGUCUGCACAGGGCCAUCUCCUGGCUAUAAACCAGGCGGGGAGUCUGCAGCCUGGUUAUGGCCCCCACAGCAGGUCCCUGUGUACAGACAUAUCUGCAUAUUUAUCAAUAAAGCCUUUUGCUCCUUCUC